CUCUCUCUCGCUUUAUUGCUAUUCCCACCUCCCUCUCUCUCCUCCCUCUCGUUCUCUCUCUACAUUUUCUAUACCUGUAAUGUAAUCACCACAUUCCCUCUGAAUAUUUUGCCCAGACUCACACGCACCUCUAUAUAUCCAACCCCCUCUCACUCUUUGUCACACUUUACUCUCCCUCAUAAUCUCAAAACCUUAAACUCUUCGACCAAAGAGUGUCACAAAAGCUAAGGACUCUUAAAACCAAACAUGAGCUGCGUGAAUCUGAGCUCAUGGGGCCAAGCCUGCUCAAUGUUGAACCGAUCCAGAUCCCCAUCAUUCCACCUCCUCCACCCCAACCCGACCCGGCCCGUUUCCUUCUCUCCCCCCAAACGCCGCCGGCCCAGCUCCGUCGCGGCGGUCCUGACCAAGCAGGACACCCUUAACGAGCAGAAGGAGCGAGGACCGGAGAUGCCCAGCUUCAAUUUCAAGACGUACAUGGUGGACAAGGCCGAUUCCGUCAACCGGGCUCUAGACGCCGCCGUGUCGCUCCGUGACCCGGUGACGAUCCACGAGGCCAUGCGCUACUCUCUGCUCGCCGGAGGGAAGCGGGUCCGGCCCGUGCUGUGCCUCGCGGCGUGCGAGCUCGUCGGAGGUGACCCGUCCGUCGCGAUGCCGGCGGCCUGCGCCGUCGAGAUGAUCCACACCAUGUCGCUGAUCCACGACGACCUGCCGUGCAUGGACAACGACGACCUCCGCCGCGGCAAACCCACCAACCACAAGGUCUUCGGCGAAGACGUCGCCGUUUUGGCCGGCGACGCUCUCCUCUCCUUCGCGUUCGAGCACCUCGCCGUCUCCACCGCCGGCGUGGAGGCUUCGAGAAUCGUCAGGGCCGUGGAGGAGCUCGCCCGGUCGAUCGGGUCGGAGGGUCUGGUGGCGGGUCAAGUCGUGGAUAUUCAUUCCGAGGGGUUAUCGGAUGUGGGGCUGGAGCACCUGGAGUACAUACACCUCCACAAAACAGCGGCGCUUCUGGAAUGUGCGGUUGUUCUCGGGUCGAUAUUGGGUGGCGGGUCGGACUCCGAAAUUGAGAAGCUCCGGACAUUUGCCAGGUACAUUGGGUUGUUGUUUCAAGUUGUGGAUGACAUUCUUGAUGUGACAAAGUCUUCACAGGAGUUGGGGAAGACUGCUGGGAAGGACUUGUUGGCUGAUAAGGUGACUUAUCCGAAGCUAAUGGGGAUUGAGAAAUCGAGGGAGUUUGCCGAGAAACUUAACAGGGAUGCACAAGAACAGCUCGUCGAAUUCGACCCCGAAAAGGCUGCUCCUUUGAUUGCUUUGGCUAAUUACAUUGCUUAUAGGCAAAACUAAGGAGUUGGGGAUCUUCUUGUUGUAAUUUUUGAAUUGGUUUGUUUCAUAGAAUUUACUCAAUUUAGUCUCUCAAAUAGGUGGGAAGUAGCUGGGAGAUAUACACAUUUUUAGUUUUCAAAUCUGUGUCGAAAUCAUUGUUCAAUGUCGAUUUAGUCUUCGUUAUUUUAGUGCUUUACCUAUUGCGUUCUACAAUGGUAUGAUGACUGAGAAAUUUGUGGAUAGGUGUAAAAAUGCAGAAGUACAAGUUGGUUGUUUCUGUCGAAGUAGAGGUUGGGUUGUUUCUGUCGAAGUUGAUGGGUGGUUCAUCUAUGAACAUAUCGAACCUGUUGAGAAAGAGUGAUGGAGGUGAUCAAAAAUCAGGACAUGGGAUUUGAAUCAGGGAAGCUAAAUUAAUGAAGGAAAUUCGAUGUUACCUCCAUACAUAUGUUAAUUGUAGUAUUGUGCAUCCAUGGACCAUGGGAAUUGGCUGAGCAAAUUCAUUACUUUGUUUUCUCACAUUAUGGCAUGGUCAUAGUAAAUUCAUGAGUCGCAUUUUUC